AUGUUGGCUGCCGUGGCGUGCCUGGACUACUUCGCCGCCGAGUGCCUGGUGUCCAUGUCCGCGGGCGCCGUGGUGCACCGCCGCGCGCCGGACCCCGAGGGCGCGGGGACAGCCGCGGGCUCGGAGGAGGGUGGCGGCGAGUCCGCGCUGCCGGAUCCCGGGCCGCCCGUGCCGGCGUCGGAUCUCCCGCUGCUCCAGGUCCCCGCCCCGAGCCCCGGCGCGGGCGGCACUGCGCCCCACCUGCUGGCUGCCAGCGUUUUGGCUGAUUUGCGCGCCGGCGCCCUGGAGGGCUGCGAGGGCACCCCGGGGCCCUCGGGGGAUGCUCCCCGCGCCUCGCCUGGCUCCCCCGACCCGACCUGGGGCUCCAGCCCCGCGCGGGGCUCCGAGCCCGCCCCAGCCUCCGGAGAAGAUGCGCUCUGCGCGCCCGAGGGUUCCUCCGACGCGCCCGAGGCUCCAAGCGCUCCCGCAGCCCCGGGGUCGCCCGCAGCCACUGGCGGGGAGUCCGGGGAGCCCGAUGGGGCCCCAGGGGAGGGCCCCACCCCCGCCACGACUCCGACGACCCGGAGGAGGCCGGUGACACCCGCAGCCAAGCGGCAUCAAUGCCCCUUCCCGGGCUGCAACAAAGCCUAUUACAAGUCGUCGCACCUCAAGUCUCACCAGCGCACCCACACGGGCGAGCGCCCGUUCUCCUGCGACUGGCUCGACUGCGACAAGAAGUUCACGCGCUCCGACGAGCUGGCCCGCCACUACCGCACCCACACCGGCGAGAAGCGCUUCUCCUGCCCCCUCUGCCCCAAGCAGUUCUCCCGGAGCGAUCACUUGACCAAGCACGCCCGCCGCCACCCAUCCUAUCAUCCCGACAUGAUCGAGUACCGGGGACGUCGCCGCACCCCCCGGGUGGACCCCCCGCCCCCCGCCGCCGAGGCCGACAGCUCCGGUUCCGGCUCCGGCUCUGCCCAGGCGCCCGGCCUCACUUCCUGCUCGUAG